UUAUCAUUUCUGUAUUUGAAUAAUGCUGAAGGCGUUGGUGCUGCUUCUUCUGCCUACACUUGCGCUCUCUAGCGCGCUAGACUAUCACAAUCUUCAGGGCAGAAACGAUGCCUGUGGGCGAGGUCCGCCAAGUCGGCUGAACGAGGGGCCCGUUAUCGAGAUCGACGAAGGCAACUGGGACAUUCUGCUUGAUGGUGAAUGGCUUGUUAGUGUCUGUGCCCUGAAUCGGGACGAGUGCAAGAGAUUGGAGCUAAUGUGGCACAAGUUGGCGGCAAGUGUGGGUCGCAGUCUGAAUAUCGGCACGGCCCUCGUAAAUCUGUCGCGAGAAACUUCUCUGUUCCGCCGCCUCUCUGUCGUUGCUCUGCCCACCAUCUAUCAUGUUAAGGAUGGAGCGUUCCGCAAGCUCGCGGGCAGCCAUGAUGUCAACACACUGCGCCGACUGGUUGAGCAGCAGGAGUGGAUGGGCAUGCCCACAUUGCCAUUCUGGCAGCACCCGACCUCCAUAUGGACCUGUCUGUCUGUUUUCGCAUACAAAGCAGCACUCGAGCUAUGGAGAUCGGGCGCCGUCGGCAAUGACUAUCGGCGAGCAACUUGGUGCAUGUGCUUCUUGUUUUCCAGCUUGCUCAGCACCGCCUGGAUCCUCAGCUACCUGCUUUGGCGCCUAUGCACGGGAAUAGUAAAAGUUAUGUAUGCCCGAGACGAGAAGGAUAGGAACGUCGGAGGCACAAUUGAUGUUGAUGACAACUCCAGCGGGGAGGAGCAAGGGCUGGAGGCAGGCGACUGUAAGGAACACGAAGACUAAUUGCCAUUGUACUACUUGUAGUGUAUAUAAUUAUAUGUAUAUUUAAAUUGGUAGAAAUGCUGAUUGGAAAAAUUAAAAUUAACAGAUAAUCGCG